UAAAAACAGAAGUAGCCCGAGUAUUACGGGGAGCGUAGGAAAAAAAGAAACCGGAGUACAAUCUCCAUCCAUCCUUUUAAAUAAACCUGUGUAUCGGGAAAGUAGUGUUAUAUUUGAUCUAAGCCGACCUUUUUACGUGAAACCGAAACAAAAGGUACACAGGAAGAGGCGCAAAGAAAAAUUUCCAUACUCGAUGACAUUUCAUCGCAAUGUCCGAUCGUUUGGGGCAAAUAACCAAGUCCAAGGAUGGGAAAAGCAAGUACUCCUCGCUCAGCCUGUUUGAUAAGUACAAGGGAAAGUCAAUAGAAACUCAGAAAACUACAGUUGUUCCUCGACAUGGCUUGCAGAGUCUUGGCAAAGUGGCCACUGCCCGGCGCAUGCCGCCUCCAGCUCACCUGCCGAGCCUGAAGUCGGAAAACAAAGGAAACGACCCCAAUGUGAUUAUCGUGCCCAAAGACGGAACAGGAUGGGCAAACAAGCAGGAACAACCAGAUCAAAAGAGUUCUACUGCAUCACCAGUACAGCUGCUGGAGUCGCUGCCACAGCUGCCUUCACAGAAAUCUGUCUCCAAUCUUCAGAAGCCAACACUGGUAGCCAGCCAGGAGAGCACAAAUACAGGUGGACCAAAGCAAUGGGCACAGCUAAAUGGAAAGGCAGUAGAACAAGAUGGUUCAAGGGCCUCAAACCGACUGCAGCCCUUCUCUCACGAGGAAUUUCCGACGCUGAAGGCAGCUGGGGAACAGGACAAGGCUGGCAAGGAAAGAAACGCCUUCGAUCUGUCGUAUGGGCCCGGACCAAGCCUCCGCCCCCAGAAUGUGACGAGCUGGAGGGAGGGUGGUGGGAGGAACCUUCACCCCACGACCUCACCCGCUGCCCUUUCCGCCGAGCCAGAGGGCAAGAGCAACGGGCCAGCUGAGGUGACCCCGCCCCCUCCCUCUGCCCCCGCCCCCUCCAGCACCACCACCUCCUCCUCCUCUUCCUCUUCCUCUUCCUCCUCCUCUGCCACCACUUCCGCUCCCCUCCCCCCGCCUCCCGCCGCGGACUCCAAGGACCCCUCCCUCCGCCCCGCCCAGCCCCUCCGCAGGACCGCCCCCUCUGUCCUGCAGUACCAGCAGCACCACCCCACCACCAUCUACCACGACAUGCUGCCCGCCUUCAUGUGCCCCAAGGAGAACCGUGACUCCCCUGUGUCGUCCGAGCUCGGCCCUGCCGUGGUCGCCCCGGUCCGCUUCGACGCCCGGCCCACUUUCAGACAGCCAUUCCCAGCCCCUGAAUCCAUCAACGGUGACAUCAGGAGGGAGAACCGCUUCACCCGCGGCCCCCCUCGCCCCUCACCACGCCCCAUCCGUCGCCCUGGCGACCGGGCCCCCCGUCCCGCCAUCAUCAACCCCGAGGAUCUGAAGGACUUGGACGACCUGGACAACGAUUGCGAGGAUGGCUGGGCAGGUCUCCAUGAGGAAGUGGAUUACAGCGAGAAGCUCAAGUUCAGCGAUGAUGAAGAGGAUCACUCCUCUAGCGAUAACAAGAAGAAGUGGGUCGACUGGGAGCACCAGCGAGAGCGGGAGAGGCAGUCGUCCCUGAGCUCGGGGGAGGGGGUGUACCUCCAGGACGGCCCAGAGGAGGAGGGGCAUCACCGCUACCAGGAGCCAAUCAGGAAGACCAGCGGCAGGUUCACCCCUGCAGACCACGCCACUGCACCGGUGCCGCAGAAAGUGGGAGCCCCGGGCAGCCUCCACCGGGGGGAGUCGGCAGAGGAGAAGGAGGAGCAGCAGCGGCAGGCCCCGCGGGGGAAGUUCGCCUCGGCCGAACUGUCGGAGGCGGUGGAGCGGGCGCGGAGACGCCGUGAGGAGGAGGAGCGGCGUGCCCGCGAGGAGAGGCUGGCCGCCUGCGCCGAGAAACUCAAGAAGCUGGACGAGAAGUUCGGCAAGAGCGAUAGGCCGGCCCCCAGGGACCCUGACGGCAAGGAGCCGCCCCUGUCCCCCGGCAAGGACUCGCCCAAACCCCGCCAGGACAGCUGGCAGUCUGGUACUAAAGAUUCGAUGGAGGUACCCUCGGAGCAGUACUCCGCCCAGGACUACAGAGAGGACGACGCCUCGGGACCCAGCUACCGUAGCGAGGACGACGGGCCAGAGACCACGUCCCCCGUCCCCGACUACGGGAAGUACCCCAAGUCCCUCCCGCCCCGCUUCCAGAAGCAGCACCAGCAGCAGGAGCAGGUGUACAAGGUGCAGCACUGGCAGCAGCAGCCGCCAGGUAACCCCGCCCAGUCCAGCCCCGCCCACCCCCAGCGCGGGUACUACCCCCCUCACGUGCUGGGCUUCGACCCCCGCUGGAUGAUGAUGCCCCCCUACAUGGACCCCCGUAUGACCCAGGGCCGCUCCCCUGUGGAUUACUACCCCACUGCCGUUCACUCUUCAGGAAUGAUGAAGCCCGCGAUGCAGCAGGACCACCUGAACAGCCCGGGGUCAGCCUCCGAUGAGGGGUGCCAUCCCAGCAUGCUCCAGGAGCGGCGGGCUCCUUCGACUGAGCCGUACCCGGUGUGGAGCCAGGAUAAUUACCCAGCUGCCCCGGCUCGCAGCUUCACCCCGCCCUACCAGAGACAGCUCGAGAGCAAGGAGAUGAGCCACUCCGAGGAGAGGAACGAGAGGGCAUGCUCUCAGCCAGACUCUUAUGAGGAGAGGGGGAAGGAGUAUGGAGAUAUCCCAGCUGAAGAGCCCUCUCACCAGGGCUAUCGCCAGAGCAGGAGGCCAGACUCCGCUUUCGGAGAACCCUUGAGGGGCGUGUCGCUAGAUGAGGCUCCUCCGGUCUCCGGACAGAGCUGGUCCCAGCCCUCAGACUCCGAAUACCCCGGCGCGGACUCCAAAGAGUUUGGCCACGGCAGGUACCACAAGGACAGCACAGACUCCCGGGACGAGGUGUUCGAGAGCUCUGGGAAAGAGAAGGGCUUUGAGUCCGACUGCUGGAGGAACGACGUUCCCGCGAAGAAGGAGGGCGGCGGGAUCCAGCCGCAGUGGUCCGACUCGGGUUCGGGAUCCGGCAGCAGCCAGCCCCCCGAGCCCAGCGGCAGAACUCUGACCAGGAGAACCGGGCCAAUCAAGAAGCCGGUGCUGAAGCCCCUGAAGGUCGAGGACAAGGAGAACGAGAAGCCCAAAGUGGAGCCGGAAGAGAAGCCUGUCCCUUAUAGGCUGGAGAAGGAGGUUCUCACUAACGUGUACGACCUGAAGAAGGAUGCCAACCAGCCCCUGAGUAACAGGCACUCGGUUACCCCGGUGAUGGCUGUGCCGGAAGAGAAGCACUCCGCCCUGUCGAAGGCAGAGAAGCCUAGCCCCUCUGCUGAGGAACCCCCGAAGGAGAGCUGCUGGUCGAGUGGCAAAGCCCAGGACAGAGAUCCCUCGGAGAGCAGGGACCCUCCGGCCCCGCGCCGGAACAACUGGAUCUUCAUCGACGAGGAGCAGGCCUUCGGCGGGGCCAGAGGGACCGGGCGUGGCCGGGGGAGGGGCUUCAGGGAGUUCAGCUCCCGAGGGGGCGGCCGGGGAGGGCGAGGAGAGAACUCCAGAGGGGGCUACAACAACAGCAGCAACAUCAAUGCCCAGCGGGCGGGCCGAGGGCGCGGCGUGCGGGAAUUCGGCAAGCCCGAGGACGUGCAGCGGGGCAAGCCGCGGCGGCGCAACGUGAGCGAGACUCUGAGCGAGACGUCCGAGUACGAGGAGCUGCCCAAACGCCGCCGCCAGAAGGGGACGGAGAAUGGGGAGGCGGGGUACCCCGAACCGGGGGGCACCAGGAAGGUGGACAACAGGGAUUCCUGGAGGUCCAACAAGGUGUACAUGGACGACCAGGGCGGGGAGGUCCGGGACAAGACCAAAGCCACCCGCGGAUUCGGGCGUUCCCUCCCUCCCCGGCUCACUAACACCGGGUACAACCGGGGGUUUGGGUCCCGGGAGAUGUCCACCUGGAGGGGUAGGGGUGGCCAGUUCGGAGGCGGUCCCGUGCAAGAGAACGGGUAUGGUCUGGGGACGGAGACCUUUUCCAGGAGACCUCUCGAGCGAGAGCCCCUGCGUUACAACCAGAAGUACCCCGGCUCCUUCGCGGAGAACGGCGCCGAGGAGCGAGGAGGAGAGGGCGACUACUACCUGGACGGCGACAAUCCGGACAACCGCCCGCUGCGGCGGCGCCGCCCCCCUCGGCAGGACAAGCCGCCCCGUUUCCGGCGCCUGCGGCAGGAGAGGGAGCCUGGGGGCCAGUGGAACAGCGAGGAGUACAUCAACGGCGAAUUCGCCAGCCACUGGCCCGCGCGGCCCAAAGGUGGUGAGGAGAGCGGGCCUGGCCACCACCCCCGGGGGAGGGGCCACCAGGACCAGGCGGAGGACUGGGAGACUGGCUCGGAGAACAGCGACUUCAGCGAGCGGCAGGAGAGGCGGGGCGGGGCUUCUCAGACCGACGUCCCCUCGGACUCGGGGCACAGUGAGCCUGGCGCCGGCGAAAAGAGGGAGCUCUCCAAGAGGAGCUUCUCCAGCCAGCGCCCUCUGGUGGACAGGCAGAACCGCAAGGGAGACGCCGCCAUCCUGGAGGGCAGCAAGCUGUCCCGGCCCGCAGACGCCUCUGCAAAACCAGCUUCGUCCAGCAGGAGUGACGGGUGGCAGAAUGGAAUGUCUCCCAACAGCAAGAGGAGUCCCGAGGACACAGCCUCCGGGUUGAGCUCCGGUUCGGUCUAUAGCGUGGAGCCGUCUGAAGACAGCCCCCCCAGCGUCUCCGUCGAACCGUCGGGGAAGAAGGCGGAGAAGGACCUGAGGACCGGCUGCCUGAAGGGGGACAAGGAUGAGCCCCUGACCCAGUAUGACCCCAGCAGUUACCCACUAGAGGGCGACACAGGGGCCGCCGUGCCUGGUCCAGAGGGCUUCCCGGAGGUCCUCUCCAAAAAGCAGCGCCGCCAACAGGAAGAGGAGCGCAGGAAGAAGGAGCAGGGGGCACCAGUGCCUGUUAAGAACAGAACAAUAACCUCAAAAAUGCCCCCUCGCUUUGCCAAAAAGCAGGGAAGCAUCACUAUGGAGCAAACGGAGGAAGUGAUUUCAGCCAGCAACCUGGGCACUGAGAUCUGGGAGACCAAUAGCACAGCUCUCACUGUCCAGUCUUCUGGGGGAGACUCCUGGACAAAGCCGGUGUCGUACACCGGUGGGGAACCGAACUCUGAGGUGUUUAAAGGGAGUCAGACUGACAGUGGCAUUGACCUGAGCGCUGAGUCUCAGGGAUCCUCUGCAAACUCCUCCCAGAGAAGUUCCCCUUAUGGCACCCUCAAGCCAGAGGAAACCAACGGGUCCGCCCAGGCUGAGGCAAAUACCGACGGUCCCAAAGACCUGCCACCCAAGCAGAUGGAGCAGAAGGAUUCGGACGCCGGCCCAGAACAGAACAAGGAGCACAAGCCCGGCCCGAUCGGGAACGAGCGAUCCCUGAAGCACCGCAAGGGCUCGGAGGGCGUGGAGCGCCUGGAGGGCCCGGUCGCCCCCGUCAACGGAGUGGACAACGUCAUCCCCGUGCCGCCCAUCGAGUUCGGCGUCAGCCCCAAGGACUCGGACUUUGCCCUGCCCCCCGGCUCCACCCCAGUGCCUGUGUCCAACCCCGUCACAAAGCUGCAGGACGCCCUGGCUGGCAACGCUGCCCUCACUCAGGCCAUCCCUAUGCUACGCAGAGACCACCUGCAGCCUGGCAUCAACCUCAACCCCAUGUCUUUCCCCAGCGCUGACCUCACACUCAAGAUGGAAUCUGCGCGGAAGGCCUGGGAGAACUCGCAGUCCCUCCCCGAGCAGGGCUCCCCGGGGGCCCCCGGCUCGGCCGGCCAGCCCCCCUGCAGCGCCGGCUCCUCCAGCGGCGUCAGCUACAGCUCCUUCGGGGGCGUCUCCAUGCCCCCCAUGCCCGUGGCGUCGGUGGCUCCCUCCGUCUCCAUGCAAGGUAACCACAUUCCCCCUCUGUACCUGGAUGGACAUGUGUUCCCCAGUCAGCCUCGCCUGGUGCCCCCCACGAUGACUCAGCAGCAAAGCUAUCAGCAGGCGGCCGCCGCCCAGCAGAUCCCCAUCUCCCUGCACACCUCUCUCCAGGCCCAGGCCCAGCUGGGCCUCCGGGGGGCGCUGCCUGUCUCCCAGUCCCAGGACAUGUUCAACUCCAUCCCUCCUUUCAGGUCCCAGGUGUACAUGCACCCCAACCUGUCUCAGCCCAGUGCCAUGGUGUUGUCUGGGGGAGCCCCCCUGAAGGGGCCCUACUCGGCCUUCCCCGGAAUGCAGCCCUCGGACAUGGUCAAGCCCCAGUCCGGGUCUCACUACCAGCCCAUGAACGGCAGCCAGCCGCUGGUGUACGAUGGGCAGAUGAACCAGGCGCCCGGCAUGGGCACCUCCCAGCUCAUGGACUCCCAGCUGAUCCAGGUGACCAUGCCCCUGCCCGGCUCCACGCUGCGCUACGGCUCGGCCCAGCAGCACCUGAUCCUGCCCCAGUCCAUCCAGCUCCAGCAGGGCCAGAACCUCUCUGUGGGGGGCCCCCGGCGUAUGCUCCCGCCCGGCUCACAGCCCCCGGUGCUGCCCGGGAACAGGGAGACCUCUCAGAUGGAGAUGAAGGGCUUUCAGUUUGCGGAUAAGCCCAACCAUUCGCCUGGCAUGUCAGGAGGCUCCUACAGGCCCGGUUCUGCCAGCCCUAGUGGGAAGCCAUCAGGCCCUGGGGGUCCCACCCCUGUGGCCCCUCUUCCUGGACACUACGCUCAACAGGUGCCCCCACCCCAGGGCAGCAUGGUGAUGCACAUCCGCCCCCCCGCCACUGGCCCCUUCCCAAACCCCAUCCAGCGGCCCGUCAUGCAGGUCAACAAGACCGUAAUAAUCCGCUCCCCCCCCUACCCCAGCCCUGGCCGCGAGCCGCCCCCCUCCACCUCCCCCGCCACCCCCGACUCUUCCACCCCAGGUCCUGAGGAUGGCAUGAAGAUGAAGACCCAGCGGGACGUUUGCCAGGGCGUGAGCGAGGGGAAGGGACCAGCGGGGGGGAUGUCGGGCAAGCUGCAGGAACCUUUACCCCCGGGCCAGAUCAAACCGGCCCGCACCGGAGCCAUCAAGCCUCAGUCCGUUAAGAUGGAGGAGGGCAAGGCCUAGACUGGGAUCCCAAACUGCGUCGUUCGGCACAAGACAUCAGCGGCUCGCCAUCGUCACACAGAGACCACUCGCGUCCCUUCCACAUCGGCUCUCAGUGGCUCCAAACGGGCCCCCCCAACUCCCGGGAAUCUCAAAACAACCGGACACUAUUAUUAAACACAGCAUAUAAAUAUAUAUAUAAAUAUAUAUAAAUAUAUAGACACAAUAGUUCUGGGACACACUUCUUCUAAGCAGACUCUUCAACUUCACUUUAUUUAUUAACACGUAUAUCCUUUACAAGAGAAGAAUCAUGGUUUAAAAAGAAAAAUUUGCAUUUUUUUAUUAUUAUGUUGCUCCCCAUCUUAAGGAAAUGCUAGAGAUCAGAAAUGUAAAUGCCACUUCCUGCAGCGCAGCCAGGUCCCCAACACCACCC